UUGCUAAUAGGACUUUCAAGGACUUUGAGCUGGAAGCUUUUCGAUCGAAGUGCCAAAGCCAAGAGCUGAAGCCUCCGUUGAUGUCACACUUCCGCUGUAUGACAAAGUAGUUGAAUUUGUUCUGACAUUGGAUGUCACAGCUUUAGCUGCAAAGGUGCUUACUGCUUUAAGAAACGCGAAGAAAGCACCAUUCUUGACCGCUAAAGAAUCGGCAAACAAUAACAGAAUCCAAAAGAUUGCUUUGAUCGUCAACAAAUCUGAUAAUCAACAGUACCUCUCAUAUUUUAUACAGGCAAUGGCGAAGGCAGAGCUUGCAAUGGAGGAGUUACGUUUAUGGGAUGAAUGGUGGAGCAACUGCCCUGACAGGAGGUACCGUGGUAUGACGAGCUCGCAACUUGAAUCAAAGCGUAUGUCACUAGCUGGAGACUUCUACAGAAGCGUCGCUGAUGCGGAUACCACGAAGACACUCGAUGAGAAGAAGGUGCUUAGGUACGCUCAUACAGGUCGUAUAUGGUUAUCAUGGGGUAGGACUUUGGGCUCCGGUUCGAAAUCCCCAGCUGGUGCUGCUCUCACCUUGGCGGUGGCUGAUAACACCAAGGGAACCAGUCAAUUCGACCUUGUCCAAAAGAGAUUCAGUGCAACACAUCUGUUACUUGUAGAGAAGUGGAUUACAGAUUUUGAGCCAGAGAUAGGAGCAUUUUGUUUAUUCCUUGAUCCUUUCGCCAAAAAUCUACAUGCAUGCAAGCUAGGGAGUAUGGCAUCUAUUGAGAAGAGUUUCAAGCAAUUCAUGGAAGCCUUUCUGGAAAAACGAUUCGAACAUGACGUUGUGCCUUUUGAAUCAUAUAAGGAGGCUGUGUGGAUGAUAGUGAUGAUGAUGACAACGAUAACGCAAUUGAUGAGCCAUAUUAGUACAAAUUAAUUGAGGGGCAAGACGAUUCAUUUGAAGAAUAAGUUGGUACAGUUGGAGAUCCAGGUAUUAUUAUCGGCUUGCCGACACCAAAAGCUUGUUGUACGCACUAGUGUAUUGUAAUUUACCCGGUGUAGAUCGUAGAAAAUAAGAAACUUGUUUAAGUGAAUCACAGU